UUAUAAGCCUACUUAAUUCCAUUGCUUUCCUCAUCACCAAGACACUUCACACUUCACUUCCAGUUCCAGUACCUCCGAAAUCCCACCCAUCCUCACCAGAAGACUUCAGCUUUCAACUCUCUCAAAGGCAUCUCUAACAUCCGUUUAAAGAUGUUCACCCAAAGCCUCCUUCAUCUUGUCCCUUUGGCACUACUUGGCACCGUCAUUGCUGCCCCGAGCUCCCGCACGUCCUCUCCCCGCGCGGCGCAGAUCUGCUACGACAACGAGACAACUGACCUCCUCUGCUAUACGGCGCCCGACAACACGCCGCAGGAUGUCGCGGUUGCCGACGUAACCUACAUCGCGGCGUAUCUUCGCGCGUACGGGGCCCAGACCAAGGCCGGGCGCCUUUUUACGAUGGCUGCGGCCGAUGCCCCUGACUGCGCCGAGUGGGUUAUCUAUGCCCAUGGCACUGCCCAGGCCAUCGCCAAGCACAUCGACAGCACUGUCGAUUCGAGUGUGCUCUUUGCGGACAUCGCUAACACCAUCGACGGCGGAUCCGGCACUAGCACCACAACCAAUGCCCUUGUCACCUGCGGCACCGAUGGAGGUUCGCUGGGCGUGGUAUAUAACGCGACCAACCCGGCUUACUCGGCGUCGACGUACCCCGUUGGGUACACCCCUGCAGGAAUUCUUGUCAAGAUCGUGGCGACGGGGGCUUAGGCAGGGACUCAGGACUAGGGCAAGAAGGACGACAGUAGAUCCUAGAUGAGAACCCGUCUCUUCAAUCAUAGCUUGUAUAUACCUGGUCCUGGCCCAUCCUGUAGGAUUAGGCAU